GGCUUUGAGUUCAUUUUAAGGAACGUUUCCUUAAAAGAAACAACAACAAUUCGCUGCUUAUUUUGCAGUUUCAUUUGCUUUGCUGUUAAAACGGACCGUGCACGCAAGUCAGGAAACCCGGCAGGCCUACGCUGCUCUUAACUCUCUUAAACACCACAUAUUUUAAAUAAGAACAGUGAGCCGUAGUUUGCGUGCGGUUGGCAAUCCACAGAUGGAUAACAAUUUUGCUUCUAUCGACCCAAAAUCAUUCUUCAAAAGCAGCGGAGAACAUGUAGAGAGUGCAGGAGGCAGACAUCUUUCUUUGCGAGAAAGUUCUGAAGGGUACAGAAUUGAGUAUGAUACCUUUGGUGAGUUGAAGGUGCCAAAUGACAGAUAUUAUGGAGCCCAGACAGUGAGAUCAAUGAUGAACUUUAAAAUCGGUGGGAUGUCUGAGAGGAUGCCAAUCCAAGUUAUAAAAGCCUUUGGCAUUUUGAAAAGAGCGGCUGCAGAAGUGAAUAUGGACUAUGGCUUGGACCCAAAGAUUGCGAAUGGUAUUAUGAAGGCUGCAGAUGAGGUGAUUGCUGGAAAAUUGGACGAUCACUUCCCUCUGGUUGUAUGGCAGACUGGGUCAGGAACACAAACCAACAUGAACGUGAAUGAAGUGAUCAGCAACAGGGCAAUUCAGAUUCUUGGAGGUAAACUGGGCAGCAAGGAUCCAGUCCACCCCAAUGACCAUGUAAACAAGAGCCAGAGUUCCAAUGAUACAUUUCCAACAGCCAUGCACAUUGCUGCUGCCAAAGAGAUCCACGAGGUGCUUCUGCCUGGUCUACAGAAGCUCCACGAUGCUCUUGAUGACAAAGCCAAGGAAUUUACUGACAUCAUCAAGAUUGGCCGGACACAUACACAAGACGCGGUGCCUCUGUCCCUAGGGCAGGAAUUUAGUGGCUAUGUACAGCAGAUGAAAUAUAGCAUGGAACGGAUUAAGGCUGGAUUGCCAAGGAUAUAUGAACUAGCGGCUGGUGGGACUGCAGUGGGAACUGGGUUGAACACACGGAUCGGGUUCGCAGAGAAGGUGGCUGCCAAAGUUUCAGAUUUCACAGGUUUACCAUUUGUGACUGCACCCAAUAAGUUUGAAGCCCUUGCCGCACAUGAUGCCUUGGUUGAACUUAGCGGUGCCAUGAACGUUGUUGCCUGCAGUUUGAUGAAGGUGGCCAAUGAUAUUCGUUUUCUGGGCUCUGGACCUCGCUCUGGAUUGGGAGAACUCAUCUUGCCUGAGAAUGAGCCAGGGAGCAGCAUCAUGCCAGGGAAGGUGAAUCCUACCCAAUGUGAGGCUAUCACCAUGGUAGCUGCGCAAGUGAUGGGAAACCAUGUGGCCGUUACUGUCGGAGGAAGUAAUGGACAUUUUGAGCUGAAUGUUUUCAAGCCCAUGAUAAUUAAAAAUGUGCUGAAUUCAGCCCAGUUGAUUGGUGAUUCCUGCGUCUCCUUCACAGCCAACUGUGUGGUGGGAAUUCAGGCUAACACUGAACGGAUUAACAAGUUGAUGAAUGAAUCACUAAUGCUGGUUACAGCACUUAACCCGCAUAUCGGUUACGAUAAAGCUGCGAAGAUUGCCAAAACAGCCCACAAGGAAGGCACAACAUUAAAAGAAAUGGCCGUCAAGUUAGGAUUUGUUACAGCAGAGGAGUUUGAUCAGUGGGUCAAACCGCACGAAAUGCUUGGCCCCAAGUAAUUUUUUGCCGGUACUUUAGAUCCAAUUGUUUCAUAACACUGGGAAAUAAAUGUUUUGCAAAACUCCUUUAAUUACUGUUCUUCUGUGCAAUCUUUGUUAUUUAGCAUGGAGAAUGUUAUGGUGCAUGUACUAUUUUGGGACUGAAUGACGGGGCUAGGGUAAAGAGGAGAAACACAUAACUUGAGAUAAUGUGGAAUAUUUUGACUGCUGCAGUCGCUGCUGCUAAUUGAAGAGGCCCAUCUGGAGCCGUGUCUUCUGCCUUGUGCAUGGCUUUUCAUAACAGCCAACGGAGACAGAACCUGAUGUGUGUUGUCUGCAAUAAAUGUGAUAAACUCUGAAA